CAGAGACGAGAAACGCAAAGGAAUUUGGUAGGGCAAAGGAUCCUUCUGGCACCCACCAGUGCUACACUCUCUGGACUUUGGUUUUUCCGCCUACUGUUUCACUUCAAUCGCUCAUAACCACCCAUCACCCUGUUCUUGCACUUGUGAGAUUUCUCGUCUUGAUAUCAUCAUUUGUGAUCUUUCCUUCUUUAUACUUGCUUGUUCUUCAUGAGUGAUCUAAUACUUUCAGGCGGAAAAUGUCAACCGUGCGACUUCCCACAUCAUGCUUGGUUAGAAGUGUACCACUUUCUAGCAAAGCUGCAAGCAUGGACAAAUCUUGUGCCUUGAUCAAGAGCUCAUGUUCUUUUGGAUCCGUAAAGAAUGUAUCUAAAGCAUUUGGCUUGAAGUCUUCCUCUUUCCGGGUAUCUGCAAUGUCAAAAGUAUACAAAGUGAAACUAAUUGGACCGAAUGGUGAAGAGAGCGAGUUCGAUGCUCCUGAUGAUACUUACGUCCUUGAUGCUGCGGAAAAUGCAGGAGUAGAGCUUCCUUACUCUUGCAGAGCUGGGGCCUGUUCUACCUGCGCUGGGCAGCUGGCUUCUGGAUCUGUGGACCAAUCAGAUGGGUCAUUUCUUAGCGAUGAGCAAAUGGAGAAGGGGUAUGUCCUUACCUGCAUCUCGUAUCCAACUUCAGACUGUGUGAUUCAUACCCACAAGGAAGGUGAUCUUUAUUGAAUGAUGCAAGGAGCGUUCUUGUUAAUUGAUGAGCCAAUGAUGAAUCUGCAUACAAGAAAGAGGCUUCUCUAAAAUGCUUUAUCACAGGCUUCCUUGUCAUCUAUCGAUCGGAUAGUUCACUGUUCGGACUAGUUUCCUUUGUCGAACACUAUUUGUCCCUAGUCUAAAGCAAUCUUGAAAUCCUCAUUCCUCUUAAUUCCAUAUCUUUGAGUUAUCGAAUGGGAAUAAAUAUUGGUUUUGAUGUCAA